AUGAGCUUCUUCUUUUCUUCCACUUGUUCCAGGAUCCAGGCCAGUUCCUCCUCAGACAGAGACUCCGCACCAGAGGCACUGGAGGCCAAGGAGGAUGACCUGGAAGUAGGGCCAGGGAAGGAAUCAGUUACAUUCGAGGGUGUCACUGUGGUGUUCACGGAGGCAGAGUUGAAGAGGCUGAGCUCUGAGCAAAAGGACCUGUACAAAGAAGUGAUGCUGGAGAUUUACAGGAAUCUGCUGUCAUCGGAACCAAAGCCAGAAGUCUACCCCUGUUCCUCCUGCCUUCUGGCAUUCUCCUGUCAGCAGUUCCUCAGCCCCCAUGUGCUUCAGAUCUUCCCAGGCUUCUGUGCGGAAAAUCACUUCCAUCCAGGGGAUUCCAGCCCAGGGCGUCAGAAGCAGCCGGAGCAGCAGGAUUCUGAUCAAAGCUGCUGCAGUGAAAGCACAGAAGGUCAAGAGAGAGAAGAAGUCUGCAAACCCUUGUGUGGGAGGGCAGGGGACAGAGAGACUUCAAGGGCGUUCUCCAGCCCACCCCAAAGGCUGUCCACAAGCCCUAGAGAAGACAGCGCAGUGGUAGGCAUAGAGCCCAGCUCAGCUGAAAUGGUAAACUCUGUGGAAACAGACAAAGGGCUGAAGGAACUAGAAACCUCAACAUAUGGAACAGUCAACUACAGAGAGGAUGACCCAGACUGCGGCCUGAAAUCCAACUUGAUCACAAACCAGAGGUCACUCUUAGGGGAGAAGCCUGUUUGUAGUGAGUGUGGACGAAGCUUCAGGUAUCAGUCAGCUUUCAUCAGACAACACAGCGCACACUCAGGUGAGAAAUCUUAUAUAUGGCUGGGCUGUGGGCAUGGCUUAAACCUUAAAUCAAAUCUCAUCAGACACUAAAGGAGACAUUCAGAUGAGAAGUUGUAUGUUUGCAGUGAGUGUGGCCGAAGCUUUACCAAGAAGUCCAGCCUCCUUCAGCACCAGAGGACACACUCAGAGGAGAAGCCACAUGUGUGCAAGGAGUGUGGGCAAGACUUUAACUAGAAAUCACACCUCCUUAUAUACCAUAAGAUGCAGAUAGGUGAGAAGCCAUGUAUGAAGGAGUGUGGCUGAGGCUUUAACUGCAUAUCAAAUCUUGUGAGACACCAGAGGAUACACUCAGGUGAGAAACCUUAAGUAUGCCUAGGCUUUAACUGAGAAUCAAGCCUCUUUAUACACCAGAGGACACCCUCAGGGAAGAAGUUGUUCAUGUGCAAGAAGUAUAGGAGAGGCUUUAGCCAGAAGUCAGACCUCACCAAACAUCAGCGGACAUACUCAGGUGAGAUGCUUUAUGUUUGCAGUGAGUGUGGCUGAGGCUUUACCCAGAAAUCAGUCCUCCUUAUGUGCCAGAGGGCACACACAGGCAAGAAGGCUUAUGUCUGCAGUGAGUGUGGGUGAGGCUUUAACAGUAAGUCAAAUCUCAUCAGAUACUAGAGGACACGCUCAGGUGAGAAAACUUGUGUGUCCCUGGAGUGUGGGUGAGGCUUUAGCCAGAAGGCAGGCCUCCUUCUCCACCAGAGGACACACUCUGGGGAAAAGUCACAUGUGUGCAAGGAAUGUGGGCGAGGCUUUAGCUAUAAUAGACAUCAGUGGGCUCACUCAGGGCAGAAGCCCUAUGUUUGCAGUGAUUAUGGCUGAAGUUUUAGCCAGAAGUCAGACAUCAGAAGACACACUCAGAUGAGAAGCCGGCGGCGGGAAUCGGGCUGUCGAGUGGCCUUUAGGCCUCUGCAGAGGCGAAUCCGGCAGGAAUCGUAG